AUGAAGAACCAGUCUCUGUCCCAAAGACCAAAAUUACGGUGGAAUGUCCCAAUGCGACAAGCUCUUUGUUGUGUGUAUCGGGUUUUCCGAUGCGACAAGAAACAGAAAGAGGAGAUCUUCUUCUCAAUGUUCCGCGAAGGUCUGAGAAAACGUGGAAUCCAUCGGUUUGUUCCAGGCAAAACGCUCCACACACAGUGGAAUUGGAUGAGAAACAUAGGCGAUCUUGUCUGGUCUCGUGUCCACCGGGACACCGAGUUUAACAUCAACGGAGAAUGGAGAAACGUCACCCAACGAAUCAAGUCCACUGCAUUGAACCUGCGUCUUCCGCUCAUCGAGAAGACAGAGGAUGACAUAGACACUGCUCAAUGGGGGACGCGACUGGUAUUGACCUUGGGACCAAGAACUGAGUCCCCCUCGCAAACUCCCCACAGCAUGCCAUUCCCGCUGCAGCAGCGAAGCGAAGAGGAAAGGUGUCAAUUUUUCGUCGAAAGAGACCAUCAAAGCAGUGAGAGUAACACAAUUGUUGUCAGCCACGAUCGAGAACAAACUGACCAUCUUGAACAACUGGAUCACUUUGGGCAAGCCGGCUACCUGGGGCAGACAGAGCGCCUGGUAAACGAUGAGUCGGCCGUUACUAGCCAUGGAAAGAGAUGUAUGUGGUGCAAGCAUGGAUUGACAAUGAACGAGACGGCGGGUCCCGAUGACCGGAGCCAGCGGAAUGAUUCCGAGGGAAACAAGAGCCCUGACCAGGGCCAACAGAUCCAAGAUCAAUCUCAAGAUAACCAAGGAUGGGGCCCGCAUCAUCACGAGGAAGACCAAAAUCACUCCCCUGGACAAGGUCAUCACUACGACCAUGAACAAGCAAUGCAAGGAGUUGCUCCUGAGAACAUGCCACCGUUGCUGUUUCGCUGGUCAAACCGUGAGUCUCAAGGAGUCAACUCGAAGACCGUUUUCCUAGCGGGCCUGUUCAGCAAUGAGGAAUGGUCUGACCCGGAAGACUUCUCUGAAGACCAGUUCGAGAGCUUCUUUCGAAGCCAUGUCACCAAGGAGAAGAUCAGGACACCAUUUAUUUCGGCAUCUCAAUCUCCUUUGGCACCUUUUCACCGUGCAAUUGCGGGUCAAAAUGGCGCUCUGCUGACUAUUAUCGACACAGCGAAGCUGCAAACGAAAGUCUUCUAUGCCUUUCCGCUUGCGAUCCGGACUAGAACUUUAGUAUACGGUGGCUGGAAGGGUUAUGGUGAGUACCUCAUCUGGGGCCGUGUCAUAGCUGAGGCAAUUGCUUUCAGCGUGGAGAUCGUCAGCGUUGAACAGAUUACGCAAUCCCACCGCGACCUGAAUCGCUUGGUUCAAAUCCCACUCAUCCGCAGCGUUGCAUGCUGCGAUGAAAAGCUGCUUCCAGCAAUCCACUGGAAAAACCUGGCCUCGGAGUUUGCCAAGGCAUGGGGUUGGAGGCACAAGAAGGAGACAGAUCAGUUUCAGAGCGGAAUUCGAAGUGAGCCACCAUACCUGCCCGAUGAAUUGUCGGAUUCUGAAUGUGAGGUUCCAUGGCCCACACCUCAAAAGACGCCCAGAAGUUUUCUCCAAAAGAUGCACAUCUCAUCUGACUACAUUUCUGAUGUAGACUACGAGCCACCCGAAACCGACGAAGACUCGGGAGGGGGGUCAUCUGAGUCGGAAGGUGUGGACGGGUCUCGACCUAUAACGAUCUGCGAAAUGAGCGAGACAUCAGAUGACGAAAAGUUCUCAACACAUGAGACGCUGUCUAGUGGGAUUUUCCCCGAGAACGAUCGCCCCGAACCCUCCUUGGGACCGGUACAUCAUCAAUAG